CGAGAGUAGCAGUCAAAAAUCGUAGAUACGUUUUGGUUAUGGAAAGUGGAAACAGAGUAGGGAGGAAGAAGAAAACUACGCGGUUCGUCUCUGAAGCACACAGUAAAAACCUAAUUUUGUCUCUCUAGUUUCUCUCUCUAAAACCCUUGGCACAUUCCCUCACCAAACAUUGUUUGAAGGCAAAUUUUUUUUUCCAGGUACCUUUCAUCUCCGUUAUGCUGUGUUUUCAUGUUCUGUUUCUCUGCUUUGUUUGGUUGACGGGAAAAUUGCUGUUCCACAAGUUCUCUCUACAAUCGUAAUAAAGGACUCAGGCGAGGACUUUAAGUACUGCUCAUGCUUACGUUUAUUGAUUUCCUUUCCAUUUCAGAUCAGUUUUUGAUGGCCCGGAAUUCAAGAUUUGAUACCCGCAUUAGCGAGUCUGAACUGGAUGAUUACAGAUACAGGUAUUACAGAGAACUGCAGAAUGGUAGCGUGAGGGUGAAAAUUUCAGAUACGACAUUUAGAUGCCCUUAUUGCCCCAGCAAGGAUGAUCGAGAUUACCGGUGCAGGGAGCUUCUCCAACACGCUUCCCGUGUUGGCAGAGAUUCAGGAAGCGGCGAUGUUAAAGAGAAAGCGAGGCAUUUAGCUUUGAUGAAAUAUUUGGAUAAGUAUCUGGACACGAAGCAGUCACCGGCGUCCACCAAAGAUACUGAAAGUUCUACGGCAAAUGAUGCUGACGGGCAUUUUGUUUGGCCUUGGGUGGGCAUCAUAGCCAACAUUCCAGUUCAACGGAUUGAUGGGCGAUAUGUUGGGGAGAGUGGUACCAAGAUUAAAGAAUAUUUAGCCGCUCAAGGAUUCAACCCCUCGAGGGUUAAUCCGCUUUGGAACCACCGAGGUCACUCAGGGUUUGCCAUAGUGGAAUUUGACAAAGACUGGCCAGGAUUCACAAAUGCAAUCGCCUUUGAUAAGGCGUUUGAGGCGGAUCAUCGUGGGAAAAGGGAUUGGAAAACAGCAAAACGCCUUGGAGAUAAACUGUAUGGAUGGGUUGCUCGGGAAGAUGACUACCGUUCAAAAAGCAUUUUUGGUGAACAUCUGAGCAAGAGUUGGGAUCUGAAAACUGUUGAGGAAAUACAAGCAGAAGAUAAACGGAAAACAACAAAACUUGUUUCUAACCUUACCAAUGUGAUCGAGGUUAAGACUAUGCGCCUUAAGGAGAUUGAGAGCAAAUACGCGGAGACUUCCAUAUCCUUAAGCAACGUGAUGUUACAGAAAGAUGCAAUGCACCAGGCUUUUAAUGAAGAGAUAACAAAGAUUCAGCAGCAAGCACGUGAUCAUUUUGAGAAAAUUUCGUUGGAGCAUGCAAAGAGUACAAUGCAAUUAGAAGCUCAGAAGAAAGAACUUGAGAAACGUGAGAAAGAGUUGGAGAAACGUAAAGCCCAAAAUGAAAGUGAGAGAAGGAAGAUCUAUAAUGAGAAGAAAAUGAAUAUGAAGGCAACCAUAGAGCAAAAGAAAGCAGAUGAAAAUGUCUUGAGGUUGGCUGAAGAUCAAAGGAGGGAAAAGGAGAAUCUUCACAAAAGAAUUAUUGAGCUAGAAAGGAAACUUGAUGCCAAACAGGCACUGGAAUUGGAGAUAGAGCGUAUGAGGGGGGCUUUACAAGUAAUGAAACACAUGGGAGAGAAUGGGGAUAUGGACAUGAAGAUAAAAAUGGAUGAGAUUCAAGAAGAACUAAAAGAGAAAGAAGAAGAGUUGGAUGACCUAGAAGCACUAAAUCAAGCUCUUGUUGUCAAGGAGCGGAAAAGCAAUGAUGAGUUGCAGGAAGCUCGCAAGGAGCUAAUUAGUUAUUUCAAAGGACGGUCAGGCCGCGCUUUUAUUGCCGUCAAGCAAAUGGGAGAUCUGGACACUAAACCAUUUCAGAAAGCAAUGAAAAGAAAAUAUUCCGAGGAAGAAGCAAAUGAGAAAGCUCUGGAGUGGUGUUCCCUAUGGGAGCAGAACCUUACGGAUUCAAGCUGGCAUCCUUUUAAGGUCAUUACUGAUAAAGGAAACUGUAAGGAAAUAAUUGAUGAAGAGGAUGAAAGAUUGAAAGAUCUUCAGAAUGAGUAUGGUGAUGAAGUUUAUAUGGCAGUCACUGAUGCCCUUAAGGAGAUGAAUGAGUACAAUCCAAGUGGGAGGUACGUAGUCUCAGAGCUAUGGAAUUUCAAAGAAGGUCGGAAAGCAACUCUAAGAGAGGGGGUGGAAGAUAUAUUAAAGCAAUGGAGAUUGCAUAAGCGGAAGAGAACCUAAAGGUUGGUACUCGAGUUUCAGUUUUACUCUUGUGAAUUAGAGGCAGGAAUUGCUGAAAACAGGAUCUCAGGUCUUCAGAUUAAUGUUACAGUCAUGUUUUUGAAAAUUGUGAAUACCCAUCAGGAUGAAGUCAUUUUGUUCAGUUUCAAAUAGCAUCUGAAGUUUCUUUACAGUUUGUUUUGAAGUACUGAAACCGAUCUUCACUAUUUUUCUAAAACCAAAUUUAAGUGAUUUUAGUGGAACUGGAUGUCGUCAUUUUUGUUUUGAUUGUAUUCUGGAUGGUCUCUGUUCUGGAUGGCCAGCUUUUUAUCAUUCAACUUAUAUAUGAAUGCAGUGGAAUGCUUUUGAUUAGCUCGGAAGGCUACUUCCCCCAUGAAAAGCUGCACCCGAGCUACUGCUUCUUGACACUGACGACUAUGUACAGAGAAAUAUUUCUUCACAUGGGAGUAAUUGAUAGUAGAUGAAGUUGGUUAGACAUUCUAUAAGGGAAAAUGACAUUGUUUUCUUUCAUCAUGUAAUGCAAGUGAAACAAUGGUUAUGACUUA